UGAUCGGCGUUCGUAAGCGGCGGUGUGUCGCGGCAUAUAGUUUUUCCUCCUCCUUAUAGGCUACUACUCAAUUGUGAAGGUGGUUUUAUGGAGUUCUGAUUGAGUUAUAAUUGGCGAUGUGAUUCGUUACAUUUGUAGUAAAUGGAUGAAUUAAGUGGCCUGCUUUGUGUCGAGAAUAAUUUGGUUGAGCAAAAGUGGCAGAAACCUAAAGGAAUUCUGGGGUGGGUAAGAGGGUGAUGGAAUGAAAAGGACGGUAUUGUGAGAGUGAGAUUCCUAAUCAGGGGGAAGAGGGGGUUAUCGCAAAUUGUAACGAAGCACUGGAUACUGUAGACAAGAAUUUGGCUUAGUAAAAUCUUCUAUGCUCAUUGUGGAUCAGAAAAAAAUCUACAAUUCAAGGAGUGGAAAACCAAAAUUAUUGUCCAUAAGGAUAAGGAAUGGCGGACGUUCCGCUAUGAUGGUGAACCAUGCGUUAAAUGGGAUAAGCAGAGGAAAAUAGUGCGGCAAGCAGACAACGAGGAGUAAUGGUGCUCUGAAACGCAGAAAGGAACGUCAGUGGGCUCGCUGAGGAAAAAAGUGAUUAAUAUGACAAAGUGAUGGAAAAUUGAUGUAUUUAGCGCCGAUAAAAGGUGCGACAACAGGAAGUAUAUCGUGAGGGAGUAUCGCGUGAACGCUCCAGCGACCCAGCCUUUGAUGGUGUGCCAACCGACUGGCAUUACAUAUAUCAAACCAAGUGUAAAUAUUGUGCAAAUGGGAGAGUGGAGUGACGUGAUUUCCCUCCCACCACACCCGGCGUGAGCCACAAUUCUGCGUAGGUAAACACAUCUUCUUCGAUUGCACUCCGGUAAUCGGCCACCCGACCGUAUCGUAGUAGUAUGGUCGGUAUUGCUAUUAUUCCUACAUAAAAGUCUGUGGAAAAUCUGCCUCUCCGAUUCCAAGUAAAUAUCUCAGCUGAUGUAGCACCAAUUCGGUGUCGAAGUGAAAGUGUCCCCAGUCGUAGUUCAUAUAAUAUGUGGAAGUAUGUGCCCACUCCCUGCUGAGUGUUUAUAUUGAUGUGAAAAUAUGCUCUGCUGUCGGUGAAAUGUGCAAAUGAAAAGAUAACAAGGCGAUUGGCGAGUGUGUAAUUCCCAGAAAAAGAGAGACGACAUCAAAAAGGAUUCUCGGAUCAAUUUUUGGCCCACUCGCUCACGCACGCAGGAUGGCUGGUGAUUCGUAGCGCGCCGGAUGAAGGUCGACAACGCUGACAACGGCACGACGACGGGUGUCCCUAAGUCCCCGUUCGCAUUGCAGUGAACGUUUUUGUCGGUCGUGGAUGAACGGACAUGCAAACAGAGAUCCAUUACGGUUCCAGCAGGCUCAGCCAAGUGAAUUGAAGUGUAGGCAUCCCUCUUCGGUGGAGGAGGGGGACGCGUUCUCAAUUGACGAACAAAACCAUCGAAAACUUCAACAUCAUCAGCCAACGGUGUCGAUUAUAAACAACCUCCUAAUAAUAUAAGGUGCCGGAUGAUUCCAGAAGAUCGCUGACACGAAGCUGAGCUGCACGCUCGGAGGAGUUUAUGCGAUGCUGCGUUGAAGUGAAAGUUAUAUCGGGAAAUUGUCACACCUGUGGAAGGCACCCACCCAUUCCGCCAGCGAGCGAAUGGAGCCCGCUGAAGGAAAAUGAAGAUUUAUGAAUUGGUUAUGUGCGAUGAAAAGUUGUAGGGAGUGAGGGCCAUUAUUGGAGCUCAUCGUUGCAUCUUCUUGCGGAGUGAUAAAUUAGUGAAAGCGGGAGCUGGUGGUGAGAAGUGGCGCGCAAAGUGCUGCCGGAAGAUCACGUGAAUUAUUACGGGAGUGUUGCUUGUAAUUAGCCGGCAUCAAGUAUUGGAUUAGUGUCCGUCUCAGCCCACAACGAAGAAGCAUCUGUAGCAGAAGUGAGUGAGCGUGGGCGGCUGUAAUUUGUGUAGCCGUUAUCCUUUCCCCGGUCGCCGUCGAAAGCGAAAUAAAUAAGAAGGAUUUGUCCCCAACGUUGGGUAUCCCAUCCCCUCCCGGGGCGCAAAGGAUCCGAAAAAGUAUAACUUUCAUUCCUGGUGGUGUCAGAAGUUUAUAAAUAAUCGUCGGCAAGCUGGGUGGGAUCUGGUAGAGUGCUUUUCUCUUGGUGAUUAAACCGUGUGCUAACCGCGUGACCGACUGGUUAGUAGUUCUCCAAGGUGGCCGUGUGAAAAUAGUUGAAGAAGAGCAGCUGAUCUCCAGUCAAUUCCGUAGCAGCUACAGAGCAGAAUGGGCUGUGGACAGAGCAAGAUCCAUCUGUAUCCGAGGAAAAAUAAGAGCAAAUCCAACGGGAAGAAAAGUGGACACAUAGAGGACGCCGACGCCGACGAGGAAGAUGGACACAACGGGCGAGACGAACGGGACCGCGAAAUCAACGGCGAAAAGGAAAAGCUGGACGAGGAUGGCUCCCUGCGGGACGAUGGUUCACCGGAACCGCCCAACGGCGAGAUUGUAUCGAUACUGCGGAAAAACGGAUCGCUACUUCAGAGCCAGUACGUUUACCAGGAAAUUUCGUCGAGUCAGCAGAACUUUUUCCGCAUGUUGGACCAGAAAAUCGAAGAGGGUCCUGACUAUGAUUCAAGCAGCGAGACCGAACAAGCACUUGAGGAAGCCCGGAUGAACGCUCUGGUGCAACAUUGGGAAUCUGCCAGUCUGACGACGUCCAUGUGUUCUUCCACCAGUCGAUCACUUCAGGGAACUCCGGUACGACAGGUACCACUAAGACAGCCUCCACUGAGGCCAGCUUUCCAGCAACCGCUCAGCGCAGAACUACUCUCGCAGCAGCAGUUGCUCAAACAGCAACACCAGCUGAUACUGCAACACCAUCAACAACAGCAACAGCAACAGCAGCAGCAACAACAACAACAACAUCAACAACAGUUGCAGUUGAUGCCCUCACAACAGCAGCAACAACAGCAACAGCAAAUCAUACACCAAAACUUCAACAUCAACAUGAACAUUAACAGUCCGAAACGGUUAGUAGGGAGUGGGAACGCUGUCAGCGUCGGAGGAAUUCCUGUUAGUUUAGACGGCCGACAACUGUUGUCGCAAACCAUCAUCCAUCAAAAUUACGGCGUGAUACAACCUUCCCAGACGGCACCUCAGCUGCGUCCCAGUUCCGGCCGAACGCUUCCCACGCCUGUGCAGUGCCUGCAACUGUCCUACUACCAGCAGCAGCAGCAACAGCAAAUGCAGGCCCAUCAGCAGCAGCAGUCGCAGCAGCUGGCACUAGCCGGUGGGGCUGGUACGACCACGAUAGGACCACUGCAACCAUUCCAGCAGCAACAGCAAUCGUUACCACCACCUCACUCGUACUACAAUGAUAUUCUGAGGCAUCCCCUACAGCUAACCACCGGUCAACUGCAAUCGCAACAGCAGCAACAAUCCUCCUCCAGCAUAUCGACCGUUUCGUCCGCUAUGGCUACCGGAGGAGGGCCCUCGUCCGCCCUCUCGUCUGUGGUGUCCGUCGGCAACAGCGGGAGUCUCCUUUCGUCCAGCGCCCCGCUCCAACAGCCCACUCUACCCCCGGAUGCACCUCGUUUCCCACCGGCCAUCUCGGUUCAACGUCUAGCACCACAAGUUCAACGCCAAAUCCGCGAAACGCAGGAACUGAUCAAGGACUCCUGCUCGCAGCUGUACUCCACCGGCUACGGCAGCCCGGGGCCACCUCCGAUGGCCCCGCUCCGGACUAAUGCGUCGGCAGCGGCUAACGCAGUGGCGGCCGCUCGAGCGGCGGCAGCUGCGGCCGCCUCGGUUAACCGGCGAGCUGCGGCAGCACCCACGACAACGCUGGAGGCGCAGUAUUCGCAGGAACUUUCGUGAUAUCUAGAACAGUAGUGAAAAUUUUAUUUGUAAUUGAAAGUACGGAUAUUUUUUUAACAAGCUAAUUGUACCCGAAUGCGAAUUCGUUUGUUAAGUCGUUUUAAAAAAAAGUGCCAAUUUGCCACCACGUGUGGCAGCUUGGAUUGAGCCGUUUGUAAAAAUAUUUCCGGAUUUGAGUUUUAGCAAGUCUUAUAGAGUAUAUAAUAGAGGAUUAUAGAUUUUAUUCGCACGCAGCGCACUUCAGAGGAAUAGUAUGUAGGAGAAAUAGUUUCAGGAUGCGAUUGAUUUCCAUAUGACAUGUUGUUAAAAAGCAAGAGCAAAAAUGUACGUUCUAUAGAGCAGAGUCGGUAUAGCUUUAUUUUCAAAAUUGUAUACAAGCCUGAUUCAAGUAACCACUAAAUAUGUCAGAUUUUGAUGCCAUUUGCAUCUUCCAAAAGGAAUUUUUAAAUAAUUCUAAAGAAAUCAAUUGCACCAUGAACUCAAAUUCGAAAUUUCAUUAUUAUACUGUUAAUAAUUCUACAGAAUCAUGAGAAAACAUGUUUAUUUCAAUCAUUUUCAGUAGUUUAACAAAGAUGAUGAUGAUGAUAAUUUAGAGAUUAUGAAUCGUGUGAUGAAUCUAGUCGAUUUUUUAACCAUAGUAGUGUUCAUAACUAUACAGUGACGUACAAAACAAUAAGAUAUCUAAAUAUCUAGGUAUCUUUUUACAAAAUAUUCAAAAUAUAUCACGACCAGCUGGUAUGUAUUAUCUACUAGAAAUCUGACCAUCUCAUAUUUGGCUAUAUGGAAAAAUAGAAAACUUAACAUGGCUUACUUCAGUGUAGUCUGCAUUCGCCUUAAAAUAUUCUGCGUCUUGGAAGAACGUUCUUAUUGAAACCAGACCCAAUGCUCUUUUGAGUAAUUUCUUAAUGUUUAAAAUUUAAAAUUGCCAAAUUAUCAAUAAUUAGCAUAUGUGGAAAAAAAUACCAUGGCAAACAGUAAUUCUAAAACAGUUUUCUAGCAUUAGAAUCAAUUUUAGUCACAUGUUUGUAUGAAAUUCGGCAAACCAUCUUAUUGCUUUGUACGUCAAACCCAUCCCAAAAUCUCAUUUCGAACUUCGUUAAACAAAAACAGAUGUGGUUCCUAUCGAAAUUUAAUCCCAAUAUGUCCAAUAAUAAUCACCGACAUACUUCACUAUCCCACGGCCAUGGUCGUGUGCCACCACCAUCCAUUCAUGGGACGGGAACGUUCAAUUUGCUAUCGCUAACCGAAUUGGGUGUCGGCUACUCCCCACCAUGGCGUUACCGAGCCGGAAAAUCCGCAUCGGAAAAGUUUGACCGUACAAUUUGUCCUCACCAAGGGAUCAGCAGAGACAUUGAAUGAGAGCGACCCACAGGCAGAUGACAACAGAUGUGUGUGUGUGUGUGUGUGCGCUGGUGACGCGAUGGUAAAGUAAUUAAUUUCAACUCGGAUGUGUAUCCGAAUCCGGUGUACUGCGGUGACCGAUGACGCCAGUGGAGCUCUCAAUCACUCUAUUUACCUACAUUGGGAUGGGACCUAGUUUCCAGGUGCCGAUGAUGUGAUGCGUCACUUGGGGUGCCUGGUCGGUAUGGAAAAGGAUUAUGUUUACGCAUAAAACGAGCGUGGGUAAUUAUAUCAAGGGGAAAUUUGGACUAUGCAGAUUUGUGGGCCAACCUUUGAAAUAUUGAUGAAAUUUGCGAAGCCAAUUAAUUUUGAAACUGGAUUGGGCUACUGCCUACACGCGACAGGUUCUGCACAACUAUUGGCUUCAGCGCUUUAUUCUAUCGAAUAUAAAAGACCUGAAACAAGGUGAUAAAAUAUUAUCCAACUAAUCUGUUAGCAAGGAACUGGCUAAUUUCCUUUCACUCAUGUAGAUAUGUAGAAGAAAGUGCUUCAGAGUGGAACGGUUCCGGAACAGUCUUUAUGGCAAGUUAAUUUGAUUAGGUGUGUUCUCAAUUUUAGAAGUUUCUAUCAACAAUCGAGUUCUAAGAAAAACGGAUAACUUAUUUUGUAGCCAAACCUGGCGAAAGAUCGACGAGCACGGGCAACAGCAACAGCAGCAAUCACACCAACAGCACCAGAGCAACGCGCGCGCAAAUGACCAU